AUGGCGACUCCAGGGAAGGCAGUGAUCCCACCAGGUGCCGCGAAGACGUUAGAUCCACACGGUGUGAGACCUGGUAGCGUUGAGACGGAAAGAAUCAUCACCGUCUUGGAUGAGACAAUUGCCAAGCUGGAGAUGAGCCGUUUGAUCCCACAUAUUAUCGACUCUCUGGACGGGUUUGCUGAUAUGCUGGGACCUGAGAUCACAAACGUCCUGGUCGAGCACCAAAAGCUUUCAAACGAAGUGGAGCACCUGCUUGCGAGCUCUGAAGAAGGGGACACCAGGAGAGCUGAGGAACAACGGGGCCGUCUCUGCUUGCUGGAGCAACGUCUGAAACGUUCUGUUAGAAAUGUCCUGAGACACUUACUGACCAACCCUUUGCUUUGCCAGGCUCUGCGCCGUGAAGACUGGGCGAGAAAAGGGUUUAUCAAAGCCUUUAGGGAGUUCAGGAACUUCAUGGUUGAGAGACUCCUGACUAGUCCAAUGGAGGAGGAAAAAAAGACUCACUUGAUGGAAAACAUCUCCCCCUGGGUUAAGGAAAACACUGAAGCAAUCACAGCUUUACAGGCAGAAUUGGCAGCAGCAAUCCGGACUCGAGAGGAGCAGGUAUGA